AAAUUUCCUCGGCCCUGCUCCCGUCCCUGCCCGUUUCUGCAAAAUCAACAAGAGACGAAGGCAAGCUAGUAUCUGCGAGCUACGGGCCAACGUCGCUGACCAGGGAAACUCUCUCCAGACAGGAGGGAGACGCAACUGGUAUUUUUUCCCCCAGUGUCUACCUGCCUAACUGCUUAACACUCGGCAGGAGACGACAUUUAGUCUCCUCACAGACACAAGCGCAUAUUGUUGGGAUGGAUGGACCAAGUGAGCAGUUUUCGCCUUGAGGCUGGCGCUAAUUUGGACGUCCUGAGCAGCAGGUGUACUGAAGGAUAAAGCAGACUAAAGGCAAUCUCAGUGUUCAUGAAACUUUGCUACAAAUUACGUGCUGGGGUUGCCGUCCACCAUGUUAAGGUAAAGCCCAGGUGCGCGGUGUUGACCAUGCUAAAGCGCCUGGACAAGAUCCGCUUUCGAGGCCCCAGGACGAGAGACGACUUCCCGGAUCUGGCCGAGUCGCCACCCGCCUCCGACAACGAAUGUAGCGAAGACAUGCAGCUGAAGCCCAGAGCAGCUCUGCGAGACACAGAGGACCUCCUGCGAGACCCUGCAGGUUCGGGGUCUCCCACCAUGGCUGCGGCCAUCCAGGACUUCCAGAGGUCGGAGUCAGACCGACUCAAUGAAGUCAAAGGUCACCUGGAAAUUGCCUUAUUGGAGAAACAUUUCCUACAGGAGGAGCUGAGGAAGCUGCGGGAAGAGACCAAUGUGGAUUCUCUGCGGCAGGAGCUGGAGAGAGAGCGAAGCAAGAGGAUAGACCUGGAGCAGAAGAUGAACGAGGUGCUCAAGUCCAGGCUGGAGGACUCUCCGCCACAGCCUCCCCGGAAACAGCAGUCACCCUCAAACAAUGGAACAGCAGACAAACAGCAGAAGGAGGUCUGGAGUUCACGUCUCCAGAAGUGGCUGUACGAGCGCUUUGGGGUUUACAUUGAAGACUUUCGCUUCCAGCCUGAGGAAAGCACCGUGGAGGCCGAGGAACCACUAAGUGCUAAAAGGUUAACAGAAAAUAUGAGGCGACUCAAGCGAGGAGCCAGACCUGUCACAAACUUCUUAAGGAACCUCUCCGCCUUAUCUAAUUGGCACUCCGUCUACACCUCAGCUAUUGCCUUCAUUAUCUACAUGAAUGCUGCUUGGCAUGGCUGGGCCAUUCCCAUGUUACUCUUCCUGGCUAUCCUGCGCUUGUCCUUAAAUUACCUCAUCGCCAGAGGUUGGAGGAUCCAGUGGAGCAUUGUGCCUGAGGUCUCUGAACCCACGGAGCCUCCAAAGGAAGACUUGACUGUAUCUGAGAAAUUCCAGCUUGUACUUGAUGUUGCACAAAAAGCCCAGAACCUGUUUGGUAAGAUGGCGGAUGUUUUGGAGAAAAUAAAGAACCUGUUUAUGUGGGUGCAGCCGGAGAGCACCCGGAAACUUUACAUCUGCCUGUGGGUGGCUUUCAUCACCUCCUGCGUCCUGCCAUACAAACUAAUGGGCUUCAUGAUGGGCCUUUACGCCGGUAUCAAGUUCUUCAUCAUAGACUUCCUGUUUAAAAGCUGUCCGAAGCUGCGGGACAAGUAUGACACACCCUACAUCGUGUGGAACAGCCUUCCCACUGACCCUCAGCUCAAAGAGAGGACCAACGCUACUGUGUCCCGGCGGGUUCAGCCGGUGGUUUCUCGGGGCAGCCUCGCCACCAUCCCAUGCGGGGUGAGCAGAGAGGAGGAGACGGGUCGCUCCCACAACACCAAGAAGGGAGCCUUUCACGAGAUCUUCAACCUACAGGAGUCAGAGCGCCCUCUGGCGGUGUGUGAGAACGGCUGGAGGUGCUGCCUAAUUAACAGAGACAGGAAGAUGCCCACAGAUUACAUCAGGAACGGAGUGCUCUACGUCACAGAGAAUUACCUGUGCUUUGAGAGCUCCAGCUCCAGAUCCAGCUCCUCCAAGAAGAAUAAAGUUAUCAAGCUGGUGGACAUCACUGACAUACAAAAGUACAAAGUGCUGUCAGUCCUACCAGGAAGUGGGAUGGGCAUCUCUAUAGCCACUCCUUCCACUCAAAAGCCAUUGGUGUUUGGUGCCAUGAUCCACAGAGACGAGGCUUUCGAGGCCAUCUUUACCCAAUACAUGAAGAUCUUGACCACCACCAAACCACCGGCCAGUGCAGAGCUCUAGACAGCCUGCAUCAGAUCUCCAUACUGGGGCAGAGAGCCUCGUCAGAUUCAACUGGACUGGAAGAUAAUUUAAAAAAACCUCCACACUCCUCUGCUCUGUGUAAGCCUCCUCCUCCUCUUGUGAUGGGCAUCACCUUCCUCAUCGACGGUCAUCGGCCAGCUUUGAUUGGUGGAUUUCCCAUUAAGGCCAUGUUGGAGGGGAUAUGCGGGUGUGUCGGCUACAUGUCCGUGUAGUUGGGAUUUAGUUACAUCACACACUUUAUGUGGGCGUCGGAUAAUGAACAAAAUCCGCUAACUGGUUCUGGGAGGAGUGAGGAUCGCUGUGUUUUUUAUCAAUCAGCAGAAGGUUGGCAAGGGGGCUGGUUCUCCUCUCCUUCCUGACUGACCAACUGACUGGCUGACUGGUUUCCUGACUUACUUGUUUCUGUGUUUGCAUGUGUGAGCGGGUGUGUGCAGAAAUUAAGCUCUAAAUUGCGUCACGUUGCCCUAUUUUUCUUUUUAUUCCUCAGACAGUGGAGUGACUUCUUCUAAAUCAUUAAACAACCAGAAGAUAAACAAGAGGUUCUUUUAACUGCCAGACAUCUGUAGGAACAAAGUGUUAGCUUAAUAAAUCAGUGCAAAAACAACCAUUGAUGUUGAAAUAUUUAGACAUUUAACUGGCUGAUUGGCGCCUCCUGGCAUAGCCCAACAAAAUUAUAGGAGUGUUUGAGUGUUCAGUGAUUGUUUUUUUUUUAUUAUUAGCUGUGAAAAUGUCAGAUCACCUGACGCAGAGCCUUUCUGUUAGUUUACACUGCUGCUGUCUAAUUUCCUGAUUUUUUUUUUUUUUCCUGUUCUUUCUAGACACACGUUUCAGCAGCGACAGUGUGUUGUAGUCGUCUUUGUCGAUCUAACAAACAGAAAAUGUACGCUGCGUUCAGCAUCCGCUUCAAUGUUUGUAAGUGUGCGUAUGUGAAACGUGUAGUGAAGUGUUUUGUUUUUUUCCAAAAAUGCCUUCUUUUUUUUCUUGUCUUUGUAACAAACAGCCUUUGGGAUGAGGAACUGGUGGUCCUGGAGCUGCUGAUUGUGUCCGAGACGAGAGCACGACCACUGUUAGAUGGUUCAAACACUGACUGCCAUUUAGAGCUGUGUCACAGUGGAGAACAUAGCAUCAUGUGUCUAAGCUUCUCUUUUCAAGGCACAAUCUGUACAUAUAUAGAGAGAUUUCCCUUUUUUUUCUCCAUCAGUGGUAUUCUCCCUGCACUUUAUUAGGACGUUAACUGGAAUUCCUGACAUUUAUGUUGCAGUGAAUAGACUUUAAAUGCUCACUCACUACUGCUGGAAUCCAUGGUCAGUGUUAGCAUAUUGUUUCCAAGCUACCAGCUAUGUCCUGUGGUAUUUCUCUUUUGUCUGACUACUUCAGCCAGCAUAGGUCAUAUCCCGCUGGUCUCAGUGCAGCACAAAUGCAGCCUGAGCACAUUGUAUUAAUACCAGAUUGAUGUCUGCCGCAGCCAGCCAGACAACCUUCAAACUGACCAUAAAAGAAGAAGGUACUUGACUUGAAAAUGAAACCACUGACAGAUUACUUUGUUGCGGUAUUUCAGUCUUUGAAUAAGAAAUCUAAACCUGAUUGUCCAAGACCAGUGCAGAAAUAUCCAUUAAACAUGUCUCAUCCUGAUUGGGUGAUAAGAGGUUAUAUAACCAGUAAUAUAAAUUCUGGAUUCAUUAGCACAUUUUUUUAAAAGUCAGAAAACGAGGAUUAUGAGCUAUAAAGACAUGCCUAAUUAGUUCCUUUUUUGUUUGUUUGCUUAUUGUUUUUCUUAUCUGUAAAGCCGCCGUGAGUAGAGACUGUCAUCCGGGUGCUCUUCACUUGUUCCAGAUCAUCUAAACGCAGGCUUUUUUUAAAAAACAGUAGUCUAUGAAGUAUAUGGAUAAAGGUCUAGACUGAACAGAAUAUUUCAACAUCGCUUUAUUUUAAGACACCGUUCGCAAGAAUAAAGCUGGUCUUUACCCUUGCAGAAUGGUUUAUGUAGAAAUAUAAUGCCAAACUACUCCAUUCAUCUCCCUGCUUUGGGAGACGAAUGGAGACAGGAUAUGGGACUGGAGGUCAUGAUUUCUCUUGAGAUUUUAGUAUGAGAGACGGUAGAGUAGCUAUUCCACACUCCCAACUCCUAUUUACUGUACGCCCAGCAGCACAAGCUUUAGUUUCCAUGUAAAUCUUAUAAAACACUGUUAAAAGGGAGACCUUGGCGUUUGAAUAUUUACUUUAAUUCUGGUCAUUUGGGCACUUCUUUUUAGUUUAACAGUCCUUUAUCACUCUUGUGUCACCUUUCCCUUAAGAAAACCAGAGGAUUCUUUUCUGUUUUCUUCCCUUCAGAACUGCCCUCAUUGUAAAAAUGUCAAAGUUUCUCUUAAAGUCUAUACAAGUCCUCUUAUCAUCAUUACCAAUUAGAAUCAACUGAGCUGGAUAUGAAAUUGCCAGAGAAGCAAUGGACCAGUUCAAAGAACCAUAAUAUUAUUUUUUAGUUUAAACUAAUUAAGAAUGUAUUUUUCUUUGUCAUCCAUUUGUAUGAUUUAGCCUGUUAAUAAUGCCAUCCCAGACAUGGAUUUUCUAUUUUUGUUUAGGAAUAAAUUGGAUCCAUGAACGGGGGAAACCUGUCGGAUAUUAGAGCAGGUGAAAUCAGUAAAGUAAUUAACGCUGUCUCACUGUGUGACUGGAUGGCUCGUCGUAGUCUUAAAGCUUUUACCUGAAGCCUUUUGUAAUCUGUUAACUCUGAAAAUCAGCUCUCGGGGGGUCUGGGAGACCCUAACAGAGCUGCACUCAGAUAAAGCACAGAAUGUAUCACGUUCUCUAUGUCUAAGAUUGUUUUUGUUUUUUUUUCUUUUGCCAAAUCUUUAAUUUUCUGUCUGCCAUAUUCUGCCUACGCUCAUGUUUACAGAAAGUUGUAAAAAUGAAUUUGUUGGGGGGUUUUGUGUCUUUUUUUUCUUAACAACCCAGUUUGAAUUCCUUUGACUCCGGAGUUAUGAAGACUGGACUGCUGUUCUUGAAUUAAUGUCUCAGCUCUCAUUGGCUCUGCACCACUCACAUGACUAUUUCUGCUCACCUUUAACCAAUAGCAAACUCAAAUCAUAGUGACAAGAGCAGUAUUUUAAACCUCAUGCAGCAUGUAAAUUGUCAUAUCCAACAUCACAGUACUUGGUUACAGUGUAGUGUAAUUUGCAGUAAAACACAGGCUCCAUACAGAGCAGAGAUGGUCAUGGUGGACUGAAAUGGCAACAUCAGUGUUUUUGACAUUUAGUUUGGCCGUUGUGACUUGAUGCAGCUUUUGAGGAGUGUAGAGAAAGGCAGAAAUAAAACUGAAGUUUGAUUCACGUUGUUUUUUUUUUUUAAAUGAAAUAAAAUGUGUGUACUCAUAUUUUGUAGGGCACUUUGGAGAAAAUCAUCCAGCAAAUGUUAAAGGAAUAGUCUGAUAGUUUAGGGGAAUAAUCUUUUUGGCUUUUUACAGAGAAUUAGAUGAGAAGUUUGAUACCAAUCUCAUGUCUGUAGACUAAAUAUGAAACUAAUGGAAGCAGCCGCUUUGCUUAGCUUAGUUUAGCACAGUUUUUUAUUUAUUUUUUUAUUUUUAUUUUUUUACAUUUGGCCAGAGCCAUGCUAGCAGUUUCCAGUUUUUAUGUUGCUGGCUGUAGGUAGAUAUUUACAUUUAGAGGUGGAAAUUAUGAAUCACUUUGCUGAUUUGAAUCUUCUUUUACAGUUCAGUUCAAAGGUUUGUUGUCACUAUGUAGUUCGUUCACUUUAAAAAAAAACAAAACAACAAAUUAAGCAAUAGCAUCACCAUUUAAAUGCACUUGAGCACAUACACAGAAGUCUUGACUGCAGCACUUUAUUAGAAAUUGAAACCGUCAUAAUUUCAACAACAAUUACUAUGUGAGCAUACAAAAAACUCAAACUCCCAGACUUUUGUCAUGGUAACUUGGUUUCAGCCAUAUCCAUAAUAUUUACCAAAGUAUUUUUUUUAACUUUUUAGCUGUAAUCUCUACUAUCUAAAAACUCCAGUCUUCUCUGUCCUGCUGUUAUUACAGACCGCCGCCCAUGGACUUGCCUCUUUGUUGGGCUAUGAAAUUCAACCUACGAUAGGGCUUAUGGGAAACUGAGUUUAUUAAAGGCCACUAAAAACAGAAAUAUUCAAUAAACAACAAUAUUAGAUUGUUCUUUAAAAUAUUACCAUCCUUAUCAAAUGUAUCAUGAAAGUGGUAUCAAUCUUCUCAUCUAACUAAUAAACAUAUUUCCCUAAAUGUCAAAUAUUCCUUUAAUGUUAUGAUCGGUAAGCUGCACUUAAUAAUGCCAUACUUUGUAUCUUGCUACUGGCAAAUAAUACAGGACAGUUUGAGGAUUGAACUGCUGCUAUAAGUGACAGGGGCCUUGUCAAAAAUAGUGGUGUUGUCCUCUCAAGGUCCCCUCCAUUUAAGCUGGUGUCCUUGCUGUUGUAUUAAAUAUGUAGUUCCUCUAACUGUGUAAAUGUUAAUUAAGGGUUGUCCUAAGGCAUUUCAGCAUCCCAGUGAUCCACCCUGAGUGUACAGUACGAACUGUACCAGGGCUCCUGUCUCAUUUUGGACAAUUUACAAAUGAAUUGUCUCAAGGCUGCAAACAGCCUUAAUCUGACAUUAUGACUGAAGUGAAAUUAAAAGGUUAAAAUAAAUUUAAAACAUUCAGUCCUAUUUUAUGGACUGAGACAGUACUCAUAAAACUUGGUACAGUCAGUGAAUUGCAAAUUAAAGCCCAAGUGUAACUGGGGAACACUGCAGUCAUUACAAUGAGUAUUUAAUUUGUCAUCUGUGGCAGUAGCUAUAAUGACUUCCUCUUUUUCCCCCUUUUUUUGGUCAAAGAGGAAUUUGUAUACAAAUGACUGAAAUGUACAGUGAAGAAAACAAAAACCACUGAGUUUUUAAAAGACAUGUCUAUUGUAAAGGAUGAUGUGAUGUACAUUUUUUAAUUUAAGUAAAAGAAUUUAAGGUA